CGGGGCAGAGGAGCGCCGCUGCGCGGCCGGCAGGGCGAGGACGGUCCCCGCUUGCGUGGCCGGAGGGGAGGCGCUGGGGGAUGUCCGCGGGCCGUUCCCCGGGGGCCUGCCAAAGGCUGCAGCGGCGCCUGGCGCCAAGCAUGACUGAGGGGCCGAUGAGCAAGGCAGCCACCAUGGAGAUCCCCAUCCACGGCAACGGAGACUCCAGACGCUUGGCGGACGACGACGGCUUGGAGCAGGACUUGCAGCAAGUGAUGGUGUCGGGGCCCAACUUGAACGAGACCAGCAUUGUGUCUGGAGGUUAUGGGGGAACAGCCGAGGGCAUUGUCCCCACCAACAUCGUCAAAGGCUCCCUCGUUCCACCUCACCCACCCCGAGGACCACUCAUCUCCCCCAGUCCUUCAGCUGCCAGCCGGAUAGCCAGCCAGGCUGCCGUGCCCACAGGUUCCAGCUUGCAUCAGCCCCACCCCAACCCACCCAUGACAGGGGAAGAGGCGGCGGCAGCGGCGGCUGCCACGCGCGGAGUGGCCGUGGAGAAGUUUGACAUUGUCAGGAAAUGGGGCAUCAACACCUACAAAUGUACCAAGCAGCUGCUCUCGGAACGCUUCGGACGUGGCUCGCGGACCGUCGACCUGGAGCUGGAGACCCAGAUCGAGCUGCUGCGUGACACCAAGCGGAAGUAUGAGUCCCUGCUGGGCCUGGCGCGGGCCCUUACCAACCACUUCUACAGCCUCGUCCAGACACAGCACGCCCUGGCGGAUGCCUUCUCGGACCUCAGCCAGAAGUCCCCUGAGCUCCAGGAGGAGUUUGGGUACAACGCUGAAACUCAGAAGCUGCUGUGCAAGAACGGGGAGACGCUCUUGGGGGCCGUCAACUUCUUUGUCUCCAGCAUCAACACGCUGGUCAACAAAACCAUGGAAGACACGCUCAUGACCGUCAAGCAGUACGAGACGGCCAGGCUGGAGUACGAUGCUUACCGCACAGACCUGGAGGAGCUCAACCUGGGACCCCGGGACGCCAGCACGCUCUGCCGCUUGGAUGCUGCCCAGGCUAACUUCCAGGCCCACCGCGCCAAGUAUGAGAAGCUGCGGGCAGACGUAGCGGUCAAGCUGAAGUUCCUGGAAGAGAACAAGGUGAAAGUCAUGCACAAGCAGCUCCUUCUCUUCCACAACGCGAUCUCGGCUUACUUCGCGGGGAAUCAGCAGCAGCUGGAGCAGACCUUGAAACAGUUCAACAUCAAGCUCAAGAGCCCUGGGGCUGACAAGCCUUCCUGGCUGGAGGAGCAGUGAGCAGGGCCCCGCUCGCCCCUCCUGCCUUCACGGACUUGGACUCGGAGGAGGCGUCCGGCGGGCAGAGAGGGUCCGGCUGCCCCCUCCUGCCCCCUAGCUCGCUGCCGGAGAGGCUCACCGUGGGGCCCACUCUCCUCUUCCGUGCCCUUUCGGGGGCUGGUUUAAGCCCCUUCCCAUUCCAAGCGGAGGGCCGGAGCAGCCGAGCCCGUCCCUCCGCAAUGCCAGGAAGCAGCAAGCACUUUCUUACUCUGAGGGUGGGGAGAAGGUUGCCCCCACCUGCCCCCGUGAAGGAGUCCCUGCUGCUGGUCAGGCCCCAAUCCUGCCCCGGCUCAUCCAAAUGCUCUCGGCCUCGUGGCUGGCCAAAACUGGUCUUGGGGCCUCAGCCUCCCCAGCCUGCUUUCCUGUGCAGCCUGUUCUCCCUGGGGAUUGGGGGCUGCUCUCUGACCCUACCCCACACCUUUAAGGAAGGCAGCUAUGGGUUGGUGGUCGGACCUACAGGGGCUGCUCUGGGGGUGAAGAGCCCAAGGUGAGAUGGGCCCCCUGUUUUGGGGGCCAAGGACCAAACACUUCCUGGCUCCAGCCUCUGGGGGGUGUGCGUGUGUGUGUGUGCGUGCGUGGCGUGUGCGUUCAUCAUGGCCAGUGUCCCCCGUGUUGUGUUCCUGGUGGUGGCUGUGGGCGGCAGGACUCCAGGCCUUCUACCCAGCGGGCCCCAACUGACACUCCGGCCCCAGUCUGUAAAGAUCCCAGAAUAAACGGUACCAAAUGGCUGCA